AUGGAAGAAUCCAACACCACGGCUCAUUUAUUUCUAGGCGGCGUGCGGAGGGACUGGAUGGGCCGGCACACAGAUGGCCCGCACGCCGGAACUAUUCCACGAGUUAAUCGUCAAGCUCGGGCCCCAACUUCUUCCCUUCCUCAGUCUACUUUAAUGUCCACCGUCACGUCGGGUGAAAAUCCCCGAACUCAACAUGAUUCAGGCCCUGCAAUUCACCCGGCAAAAUCUGCGACCCCAGCGACAGGGCUUCCCUCACCCGUUCCCACAGAUCCUGAACCGAUUCCCUUGAGCACCGAUGCAAUAGUCGCCAAUAUCCCCUCUACACUGCCGCCAAACCCAGCCCAGAGUACGGCGCAGCGAGGAGAUGAUAAACGGAUGGCGAUACAAUCCCCUUCGAACGGGUCCACGAUGGAACAACCUAUGGCCCAAAGCACUCUACCGGUAGCCAACCGGUCUCAGACAAACUCGCCUUUGGACAGAGGUCUCAUGGAACAAAGAGUCUCGGGCCAAACUGAACAGCAGCUGCAGGGCGAUGCGCCCGCACCCAUUUCCGAUGAGAUCUGGGAGCUAUGGGCUGCCCAAAUGGAUCUUUUGACAAAUAAUCUGCAAGCAGAGGGAGCCCUGUCUCCUGUGAACCCAACGGCAAACAAUAUUGUCCAGCCUCGGAUUGACUUGUUACGCCAGGCCCUCAAUCACAAAGACUCAUUCUAUUUGGUGGUGCAUCAGUUGUACUGUGAAUAUAGUACCGAUCCUAAUAGAGUCGACCUAUCAGGCACACAAAACCUCGUGCCUCUUUUGGAAGACAACAGGAAAAUGCAUCCUGCUGCCACGAUUUCAUUUGCAAAUUUCCCAUCGGCACCAUAUAAUCUGAUGCAACAGCCAUGGUAUCAUCUGGUGCUGAGCAAAAUAGAUCCGUUUCUAGCACGGCUUGCUACUAGCUGGAGAGAUUUCUGGGUCGGGGCCACGCAUCCACCAUUGGUGACGGAACUUUGGUCGAAGCUACAAUUACCAUCUCCGAUAUUGAUGACUGUGAUGUUCAUGUUUGUUUCCCGGCGCCUUCAUGAUGAGGCUUAUAUCAAACCCCUGAUGAAGCUGUUUUGGCGGGAUUAUGAGUUAUGCAAAAGGUUUAUUGAUGCUGGAGUGCCAUGCGGUCCGGAACUGGAACCUUCGAAUCGCUGGUUGAUCACCGUGUAUCGCAAGUAUCCACGCCUACCUACUAGUCAGUCUCAGUCUCCACGUCUGCCUGAUCUGGCAAACGCCAGGACUGAUCAGACCCAACCCUCAUUCUCUCCUAGCACUUCCCAUCUAAGGCCUCAAAUUGCUCAGACGACGCAUCGGAAUGCCGGAGCGACGAUGCCGCGUCGUCUUGGAUCUGCUACCAACACACAUACCGCACCUGUCCGAAGGUCAGCUGGUAGACCCUACGCUGGGUACUUUAGCUCAAAUCCGCCCCAGGGUCAGGUCACGGGUGCUGUUGGUUUGUCACCGGAAUAUGGUCCCGUGAACGCUGCCCGAAUGCAGAACUCCUAUCCUUACUAUGUCCAUUUUCCACAAGGUCAAGGACAACCACAAGGCCAAGGAUACUGGCUUCAGAUGCAUGACCCUCAAGUGCAGAUGAUAGCACUGGGACAGGCGCCUCCUUCGCAGAUGUGUCAAAGUCCGCAGAUGCCACAGGGACAGCGACUGCAGCCCCCAAAUGCCACAACACCGACAGUGCCCACUCAUCUUGUCCUGCAAUCGAACACUGUCUCUUCAACACACUCGCCCCAGUCACCGGCACUCCUGUCCGCCAUCCGCACCAUAUCCACCCCCACCGCCCAACAAUCACUACCACCACGACCUCCUCAUGAUCAACACAUCCGACAACAUUCGCCUACUUCAAACGCACAUUUCCCAUCAAACCUACAUACGCCACCUUCAGAGACACCGACCUUACAAAAAGUGUCCAACUCACUGUUGCUUCCGCCACCAGGCCACCGAGCACCAAUGACCGUGAAUGCGAAUCCACUGCGGAUAGGUCUACACGUGGCUGAUCUUCGCGAUCCGAUAAAAAGAGUUGUGAGGGAAGACUCAAAAGGGAGUGAAAUUGAGACUGGCUUGUGGGCCUACGCCGACUCUUUUCUUGUACAGCCAACCGUUAUCGAUCCUGGCCAGGCUAAAUACACCUGGACCUUCUCUCUCACACCAGAUGAGCGCCAAAGAUUUCCAAUGAUCGUUCAGGGAACACGGGGCCGGCGUUCAGUUUGGACUUUCAAGCCCGGCUGCCGGCAUUAUCGCUUGCGAAGCCUUCGUGUUCCUGACAACCCAGAUACUGUAACGGAGCGGUCGUGGUAUUUGGCGAGCACCGUCUGGCCCAGUGUCUUGUACGUGUUUGUGAACAACAAAGAGCUCUACGUGCGCCGAAAAGUUCACAACGAAAAGGAUCUUCCUCUGGACCUCACUGAGCACCUCCAAAGCGGUGAGAACACCUUAGAGGUUCAUUUUCUCUUGGGCCCGGACGAGUGCAACAACACCAAGUAUGUCUUCGGAGUGGAAGUCCUGCAGAUCGAUGAGUUCGACAAUAUCCUCAGCCAAGUCCAAUCCAUUCCAGCGGCCGAUUCUCGCGCAGCUAUCCAAAAGCGUCUCUCCCCAAUCACCGAUGACGACGACCUGGCCGUUGUCACCGACAACAUCACAAUCGGCCUAGUUGACCCAUUCAUGGCUCGCAUCUUCGAUGUCCCCGUUCGGUCUCGGAAAUGUGAGCACCACGAAUGCUUCGACCGCGACACUUUCAUUCGAACCCGCAUAUCCGUAUCCGGUCAGGCACCAUUAUACGAUAACUGGCGGUGCCCGAUUUGCAAAGCAGAUGCACGCCCGCGUUUUUUGGUCGUCGAUGAGUUCCUCGCUGAAGUGCACGCCGAGCUCGCCCGUACAAAUCGACUCGACACAGCUACCGCGAUUCGGUUCAAAGCUGAUGGAACAUGGACUCUGAGGGUCGACACUGACGAGGCCUCCGGCUCUAACCCCUUGAAGCGAAAGGCUGAUGACUCCGGCGACCCUGCAGCCCCUAAUGCAUUGCGCCCCAAGAGUGAAACAAUCAGCGCUAGCCCCGCGGUUCGCAGCCAAGAACCCGAGAUCAUUGAAUUGGACUAA